UUUUGGCGCAGUGCUGGUGUUGGUGAUGCGAUUGGUGUUGUGGUGCAGACACAGCGUCCACUUUCAUCGACACGCCAAGCCUUCAAUCGUAGCACAAGCGCACGCAGCAGUACAAACAGCGGUGAGCCCCUUCACCCAGAAGCGACCCAUCAACACCUGCGCCACAACCAGCAAGAUGCCAAAGCUCUCUGUCCCAGACGAACAGCUCACGGAGUACUUUGACGAACCCGAAGUGCUCCAUGCCAAGGCCAAGCGCAUUGCGGAUGACAUUCGAAGGUCAAAGGAGCAAGGCAAGCCCGUCGUCAUCUUCACGGGCGCAGGCAUCUCCACGGCCGCCAAGAUUCCAGACUACAGAGGCCCCAACGGCGUCUGGACCAGACGCGAUCGCGGCCUGCCGCCUCCAAAAAGCCGUGGCUUUGAUGGAGCAAAGCCAACAUUCACGCACCGGGUCAUCGUGUCCAUGCUCGAGUCCAACCUUGCAGACUACAUUGUGUCGCAGAACGUCGACGGCCUGCACCUCAAGUCCGGCGUGCCGGAGAACCAGAUCUCGGAGUUGCAUGGCAACUCGUUCAAGGAGACCUGCGUUGACUGCGAGCGCACCUAUCUGCGGGAGCACAGCGUGCGGGGAAGCAAAGGUCCGCACUUCAAGGGUGUGCGCGACCAUCGCUCCGAGAGCGGCAUCAGCCACAUCACGGGGCGCGCGUGCGAGCACUGCAGGAAGAAAGGCAAGCAGGGCAUGCUGCGAGACAGCAUCAUCCACUUUGGUGAAAGCUUACCCGAGCGCGCCCUCGCAACGGCAGAGCACAUGUGCCGACGCGCUGGUGUUGUGCUGUGCAUUGGCAGCUCGCUGCACGUCACGCCCGCCGCUGAUCUCCCAAUCUUGUGCGAGCAAGUUGGCGGACACAUGCACAUUGUCAACCUGCAGCAGACUGGCCGCGAUGACGAGGCUCUGCAAACUGGCGGCGUUGUGGUGCACGAGAAGUGCGAUAAGGUGAUGUUCCUGGUUGCGAGUCAUCUCGGUCUGGAUUGCGGACCGCCGCCAGCAUCUGACGCCGACGACGGCGGCGAUGCUGAUGGCCAUGGUGAUGUGAAGGCAGUGCACAAGAAGUCGUCGAAGAAGAAGCGAGAGGGUGGCGGCACACGUAGCUCACCCGCGAAAGCGAGGGGCAAGGCUGGUGCCAAGGCCGGCAGUACUGCCAAGAGCAAGGCUACAGCGACCAACACGACAUCCUCCAAGACAACCGCAUCUUCACCUUCAUCAGCAGCAACAAAAACAUCAACAUCAACGUCAGCGUCAACGUCAACGUCAGCGUCAACAAGCAGCAAGCCGGCACACACCGGCAGUGAUGGCGACAGGAGCGUGGGCAAGGCGGGGGAGCAGUUUGCUGGCUUCUUCUCCGACCUCGGCCUGCCCACGCGCAUGUCACAGCUGCCACCCUACCUCACCCUCAACUGGGCCUUCCCUGACAACAGCAGUUGUGAUGGUGAUGGUGAUGGUGAUGAUGGGGUGACGUUUACGGUUGCCUGCCCGCCCGAUUAUCAGUUGCCACUUGGCGAUGUUGUGGCAUCUGUGGUGAUCACCGCUAAAGGCGAGCGGGCGAUGAAGGUUGAGGCCACGUGCGAUCCAGACACGUCGUCACUGUCGCUGAAUCUCCCAUCGAAUUGGUGGCAGAAUGGCGAAACGAACGCCGAGCUGGUUGUGCAUCUCGAUCCCGCACUGCAAAUCAACGAGCCGCCGCCGUAUGCGCCGUUCCGCGUGUCGAGCCGGGGCGUGGCGAUGGGGGUGAGGACGGAGCAACGCAGCAGCAAGGGUGAUGGUGAUGAUGGCGUGAAGGUUAACUUCUCUUCACAGGUUCGCAACACCACCAACCAAGAUGGCCACGAUGGUAAUGGCGUUAAUGGUGACGGUGACGGCUACCGUAUCAAGUUACCGCGGCUUCGCAUGAACGCAAACUUCACCGACAGGCUGGCAAUGGCGGCGUUUUCACUGCGGUCUGUCGAGACCACUGUCCGCCACCUCGACGGCUCCUCGCACGUGGAGAAAGUGGCGCGCAAGUGACGCACAUACGCUCACCCUCUGUGUGUGUGUGUGUGUGUGUGUGUGUGUGUGUGUGUGUGUGUGUGUGUGUGUGUGUGUGUGUGUGUGUGUGUGCAGGCUCUGUGUUUGCUUUCUUUGUGUUGUCGUCUUGCCUCUGGGGUUUUAUUCUGUCUUGCCUAACCGAUUGAUACGAAUGGACAAUGAAGAAUGACAAGCAGCGAGCAAAUACAACCAACAAGCCAAC